AAAAUAUAAAAUAGAAACUUUUUUGGAAUGCGGAAUUAACUAAAUGCCAAUGUUAAAUGUCCUGAAGUUAAUCCAACUCUGAUGAAUGUUUUGAUAACUAAGAAAAAUGCUGAUGUAUUUCAGCUUACCCACCUCCAGUGUCCUCCUGUCAAAUGCUGAUUAUGCUUUUUGAGGUAAAGGUCACCAAGACACCAUGUUGGUAUUAUAAACAUCACACCAUGUUUUCGCAUGAGAACAUCAAGUGGUGUUUAUUUAUUUUAUUGUAAUUUUUAUUCUUUUUUUUUUCUUUUUCCACUUCCUUUCCUUUUCUCUCAGGGCAAUGGCUUUUUUUUUUCCUUUCUUUUCUGGACGACACUGAUUUGCAGCUUUUUUUUUUUUUUUGUCUGACUGUGUGCUGGCAUGCUAGAAUCUUUUAUCUAAGUUUAACUUCUGAUAUGCCGAUGGAAAAAAACAAACUGAGACGAACUAGAUCUCUACGCUUGAGCGAGCCAUGUUGCCACCAUCAUCCCUGCUGGUUCUCUUCGGUCUCCUCAGCUGGAGUUCAAGUACAACGUUGGCUGCUAAAGUGAUUGUGGUUCCGCCUAUAAUGUUUGAGUCCCAUCUCUACAUCUUCAAGACACUGGCAUCGGCUCUAAGCCAAGAAGGUCACGAGAGCCAUUUUCUAGUUUCCGAGGGUCGGGAGGUCCCGCCUUCCAAUCACUACCGUUUGCAACGUUACCCAGGGAUUUUUAAUAGCAGCACGGCUGAUAGUUUUCUCCAAUCCAAAGUCACCAACAUCUUCUCAGGCCGUUUGACAUUUCUAGAACUUUUUGACAUACUUGAUCACUACUCUCAGAACUGUGAUGUUGUUGUUGGCAAUACUGAAUUAAUGAAUCGCUUGAAGGAAGAGAAGUUUGAUCUGCUGCUAGUGGACCCUAACGAAAUGUGUGGUUUUGUGAUUGCCCAUAUCCUUGGCGUUCAAUAUGCUGUGUUCAGCACAGGCCUGUGGUACCCUGCAGAGGUCGGAGCCCCAGCCCCUCUGUCAUACGUACCUGAGUUUAAUUCACUGCUGACAGACCGCAUGUCUCUAAUGGAGAGGAUCGCCAACACAGCCGUGUACUUGGCACAACGCUUCGGAGUCCAUUAUAUCAUAUUGCCCAAGUAUGAUCGAAUCAUGUGGAAACAUGGAGUAAAGCCUCAAGCGGCCAUGGCUGACUUGGUGCAGGGGAGCCGCUUGUGGAUGCUUUGCACCGACAUGGCUUUGGAGUUCCCCAGACCCACCCUUCCUCAUGUGGUCUACAUUGGAGGCAUCCUCACCAAGCCUCCCAAUCCACUACCAAAGGAUUUUGAGUCUUGGGUGAGUGAAGCGUCCGAGCACGGUGUGGUGAUCGUUUCAUUUGGAGCCGGAGUCAAGUACCUGUCCCAGGACAUCGCUAACAAGCUGGCUGGAGCUCUGGGCAGGCUGCCCCAGCGCGUCAUCUGGAGAUUUUCUGGCGUUCCACCCAAUAACCUUGGCAACAACACCAAGCUCGUUGAUUGGAUGCCUCAGAAUGACUUGUUGGGUCACCCUAAUACAAGAGCUUUCCUGAGUCAUGGGGGAUUGAACAGCAUCUAUGAAGCUAUGUACCAUGGGGUGCCAGUGGUGGGCGUGCCUCUUUUUGGCGACCACUAUGACACCAUGACUCGUGUGUCGGCUAAAGGAAUGGGCAUCAUGCUACACUGGAAGUACAUGUCAGAGGAAGAUCUCUUCAAUGCUCUGACCAGCAUCAUCAAAGACAGCAGGUAUCGUCAGCAAGCUCGUCUCCUAUCAAACAUUCACAAAGAUCAACCGGGCCACCCGGUGUCCAGGGCCGUCUAUUGGAUUAGCUACAUUCUCCGGCACAAAGGGGCAGACCACCUUCGAUCUGCCGUGUACGAAGUGUCCCCCUAUCAGUAUUUCCUGCUGGAUGUAGUUAUUACGGUCGCAGUAGGCAUAACUCUCGCCGUCUACGCCCUGCGCGGGUUGGCGCGAUUGCUCAGGGGAAAGUCCGCGGACCACGGCAGAGGAGGUCCCAUCAGGGAUGAAAGCAGCACCACCAACGGACACUGUCAUAGUGGCAGCAUCGCCAACGGGAAGCACAGCAGCAACGGCUCUUUGAAAAACGAGAAGAAGACGGAUUAACGCUUUGAAUGGUAAAAGAGGCACGAGGCGACCGUUGCCCUGAGGACUCAGCUCUAUGUUGUGAAGGCUUGGAGGCGAAGCUAUUCUUAGGUCUGUGUCAAGAGGCAACUGCUAUGUAGAGCAAACUUUAAGCUGUAGGGCGUGAUGAGAGCAAAACAUCAGGUGCUCAAAAAACAAAAAAAAUCUGUGUGUAUGUGUGAGUCUAGGUGAAUGUUUGUGUCUAACCAAAAAAGAAAAGAGAAAAAAAUACAAUAACAGCUGCAGCUUCAGCAGUUCCAGUAUGACACCAGAAAGUCUUCAGAGUUGAAUUGGAGGAUGUCAUUUUUACUUGAGCAUCUUCUCUCCAUUAUGCUCAGUCUUGUCUUCCUGCCUCCUUUACUAAUGGCAGACAGGAGAAGUGAGCGCCAAUGCCUUCAUACCGAGAACAAAAUAAACAAUAAUAAUAAUAAAAAAGCUUUGGAAACGUUUUUAAGUCUGAAGAGCUGUAAAUAGAAAAUGAAUCUAUUUAUUAUUGUACAAAGGGAUUUUAAAGAUGGACCUUUUGUAUCUUAAUUUUAACUUAUUCCAUGCAUUAGUGAGGGUAAACAUACACUCCCUAUUCCGCUCUCAUCGACAUGGUUAAGACCGGCCUGUGCUCUCUGCCCUUUGUGUUAUCCACACUAUUGACUGUGCUGCAAAAAAAAAAAAAAAAUACAGCAAUUCUCCUUUUCACACAGCAGUGCCAAACUGGGAUUCCUGUUGUCUUUCAAAAUAGCUUCUGUUCUCCAAAAGAGCAGAAGCUAUUUUUAUUUUUUAAUUUUUUGGCAUAUCUUUGUGAAAAGGCGAUCGUAUUAAUAUAAGCAAUAUUAUAUAUUAUAAGCAAUAAUCUGCAUGGUAAAUACUGUGGAUUGUAAGAGCAGGAAGGCAAAUGUGUCCCAUCAAAUCAGGUGAUUUAUUUAACUUAAUUGUAUUUUUUUUGUUUCCUAAUUUUGCAUUCAUCUAUUCAUUACGCUACAAAAGAUUUGAUUGCCAUUUUCAAUGCAAGAAUUUUACCAAUGAUAAAUAUAUAUAUAAAUAGUUCUUGAUUUGCUAGCACACUGUUUCCAUUUUUACUCUAACAAAUGUCGGAUUUAUGCUAGCCUCGUGUUUUACCGUUGAAUUUGCUCUUCUUUAUGUCUCACACCAGUUUUUUUUUUUUGUUUGUUUUGGCUGUUGAAGUCCAAGCACAAAACUUGCAGACCUCCGUGCAAUUUAUCUCAAGUGAGGGAUUCACAUUCUUUUUUUUAAUGCAAAUAAGUGUGUAUGCAGUAUGCUUGAGCCUGGAUCUGUAUGUUUGCUAGCUAUUAUUUCAGCAAUCUGAGUGUUUUAGAUCAUUUUAGAGUGUCGGGGUGAAACACUUAAUGAGAUAUGUUUCAGUGCAUUGUGAUUCAUGUAAGUUAGAGUUCUCAAUUUUGCUCAUUUAAGUAAAAAAAAAAGUCUAAAUAAGUUUUAAGAGAAGAUUGUCUUUAACGACCUCUACAUAGUGAAUAUUUUCAUCAUUUGUCGCCAUGUUGGUUGAGUCGUGGAUGCAAAUUCCUGCAUUUGAAAUCUGAGAAGUAUCUUGUUGGAGGACAGUUUAGAAAAACGGGUGGAUAUAGAAAACCUCACAAGUUGUCACCUUUAUUUGUCUUAUCGUUUCUCUCCACAUCUGUGUUUUCUAGAAGUCCUGCAACACAGGCCAAAUAAAAAGCAUUUUAAGGAAGGGAUUGUUUACCACAUUAAAAUAAACUGACAAAAUACCCACUAUAAAUGUCGUCUCAACCAAAAAAAAAAAAAAUUAGAAACCGUCCAAACAGUUUGGUUCUAAUUUAUUUAAUGAAGAAAAUAAAACCGUUCUUUCUCUGUGAGCCACAAAUACACCUGCACAGCACAACCCUGCCCUGCUGAAGACAAUUAUACUUGAAACUAGGUCAUUUUAAUCAUCAAUAACAUCGGCUGUUUGGGUGGGGCUUGACCUGCAGGUGCUACACAGGCUAUGAACAGGGUCUGAAACGGUUGUGAAGAUUUCUCCUUUGUUCUCGUUCAGUAUUACCGUCCACACCACACAGAAGGCAUCCUUCCAUGUUUUAGAGUAAAGUCUCGGGUGUUUUUAUUUUGUGAUGUUUGUCUCAACCGCUUGACUUCCUUUUUUUGUCCACAUCUUGGCCCUUCCGAGUCCAUCCUGCGUAUGUAGUUCUUUGUUACUCACUUUGUUUCAUUUUUGACCUCACUCUGAAAUGACACUUAAACUUUUUUUUUCCUGCCAUGUGUGUCUGAGUUGUACAUAGAACUUAAACAGAACACUAAUUCUAAAUAAAAUUCCAUAUCUUGUUUGCAGA